GAGGUUUCAGUGAGGGGAGCAACACACUGGCUGGUGGCAAGGGGCAAAGGCUUUAGACAGAAAGAGGGGGAAGACAUUAAGAACACUAACAACUAAAACAACAAGUGGAGAGCAGCUGAGGACAGACAGGAAGUGAAUGCUAGAGAGAGGUAAUCAUAGGAGGAUAAGAGAGAGAGAGGCUGAGAUUGAAACUCUUCUGCUGGAGGUGGAGGUCUGUCACCUUUGAUCUGCUGGAAGAGACACACUGAGGCUGAGAAUUAAGACUCUGACAGAGACCAAGAGGACAGCCAUGCUUUCAGUCAGACCAGAGAUCCAGCCGUAAAAGACAAGAGGCGGUCACCCCCCUCUAACAGAUCCCCCACUGCCUCACAACGCAACCCUCACCACAGCGGCUCCACAGACGAACAGGAGAGUCCUGAGAGAGUGGUGCAGAAGGAGAAGCUUCAUGCAGAGCUGAAACAGGUGUUGAGUCAGAAGAGAAGUCACCUGAGAGAGUCGACCUGCCAACUGGCCCAACCAGAGAUGGACACAGAUCCCACAGAUGAACAGACAAGUGUGGAGGAAGCCUCUAAGUCCGUGGAAAUCGUGGUGGAGACUGAGGCGGAAGCUGGAGCCAGUGGCUACAGUGUGACUGGUGGAGGAGAGCGAGGGAUCUUUGUUAAAGAUGUCCUCAAAGACUCUCCAGCUGCAAAACAUCUCAGUCUACAGCAAGGUGACCAGCUGCUGAGCGCCAAGGUCUACUUCGACAAUGUAAAGUAUGAAGAUGCUCUUAAGAUCCUUCAGUGUGCAGAGCCAUAUAAGGUCAGCUUCCAACUGAAGAGGACCAUCCCUGGAGCAGAGGUCAGCAUGCGGCCUCGAGUUCCCAGUGUGGAGGUCAAAGGUCCCAAAGCCAAGAUGGCCAAAAUGAGUGUAAAGGGCACCAAGCCAUUCAAGGCCAAGAAGAAAAGAGGUGGUCGUUUUGGUCUGAAGAGGCUGAAAGAGAAGCGCAGAGAGGAGCUGGUGAUAGAGGGAACACCCCCCAAGCUUGAGAUGAGUGAUGUGGACGUGGAGUUUUCUAUCCCUAAAUUUAAACAGAGGAGGAGUGCGAAGGUUGAAGCAGAAGAAGCUGGAGAAGCAGCAGCCAUGGGGAAGGCAAAGAGGAGGAUCAGAUUUCCCCAUAUGAAAGCAAAGGGAGGAAAAGUGGAAACAGGACGACUUGAGGGACAGGUGAAUAUUUCGCCAUCUGAGAUAACUGGAGCUAAAGUGAAAACCAAAGAAAAAGGACACAAGUUUGGAAUCACCUUUCCUAAGACAAAACAGACAAAAUCAAGCUCAGCUUUGGAAACUGGAUCUGUGGAGCUAAAGCCACCAGGGGUGAACAUCCAGCCCCCAUCAGGGGAGUUCAGUUUGUCUGGUGACAAGGACAUGGAUGUGGAAAAGGGAGGGCUUAAGUUUAAUGCACCUGAUGUGGAGUUUGCUCUCCCUUCAGGAAAAGCUGAGGCAUCUUUGCCCACUGUGAGGGGAAAGGCAGAAAUGAAAGCUCCUAAAAUCGACAUCAAAGGAGGAGUUGAUGCAGCUGAGGGAAAGGCUGAUGUAGACCUAGGCAAAGGAGAUGCAAAGCUCAGAAUGCCAAAGUUGAAACUACCCAAAGUUAGACUCUCACGUCAUUCAGAUGAAAUAGAUGGUGACAUCAAGGUAAAAGCUGAAGGAGUGAAAAUGCCUCAUGCUGAUAUAACACUGCCAAAAGCAGAAAUCAAAGGAGGUGGGGAGAUUGGUCUUUCUGAUGCAAGUAUAACAAAACCAAUGAUGGAGGGUGAUCUCUCAGGGAAAGCUGCAUCAAAUCAACUGCCCACUGCUGAGAUUUCUUUACCAAAGGUGAAAGGAAAGUCUGACAUAGACACCUCACUCCCAGAGUAUGAAGGAGCUGGGAAGAGUGCGAUCAAAAUGCCUGCCAUUGACAUCUCAGUGCCUGAUUUUGAUUUGGAAUUGAACACUGGACAGAGAAUUCCUGAUGAGGUGGAGGGCACUUUUAAAGGGCCUAAAAUCUCCAUGCCAAAGGUCGAUAUUUCAUUACCUAAGAUGGAAUCCCCUGACAUGGAUAUUGAAUGUCCAGAAGGUGGAGGGAAAAUCAGUCUACCUUCUGUUGACAUCUCACCAGCAAAGGUGAACACAGAGGCUGCUGAUGUGGAUAUGGACUACUACAUUGGUGGUGAUGGAAAGUUCAAAAUGCCUGAUUUUGACAUAUCUCUCCCAAACAUUAAGUCACCAGAGGGAGAAGUAAAUAUAAAAGGACCAGAGAUGGAAGGAGGCAUCAAGUUGCCCAAAGUAGACUUGAUCCUUCCCAAAGGCAAAGCAGGAACAACUGAUAUUGAAGGAGGGGGAGAAUUUAAGUUACCAUCAUUUGACAUCUCCCUCCCUAAAAUGAAGACAGGUGAGGUGGAAGCUGACAUUGAAGGCCCUGACAUGAGAGGUGGUAAAUUUGAACUGACCACACCUGACAUUUCUCUGCCCAAAGCCAAAAUGGAGGGAAACAUUGAAGUAGAAGGGCAGGCAGCAAAAGGAGGAAAAUUCAAAAUGCCCACCUUUGGUGUUUCUUUACCAAAGCUAAAACAACCAGAGGGUCAGGUGAACAUAGAAGGCCCUAAAUUUGAGGUUGGCGGUAAGAUCCAGAUGCCCUCUGGUGAUAUAUCUCUGCCAAAAGGAAAGUUGGAGGGUGACAUUGAAAUAGAGGGUCCAUCUGCAAGAGGAGGGAAGUUCAAAAUGCCCUCAUUCGAUGUCAGACUCCCUAAGAUAGGGACACCUGGGUCUGAGGCUGACUUGCAAGGACCUGAGAUUAAAGGUAGGAAAAUUGAAGCGCCAUCAGUAGACAUUUCUCCACCUGAGGGUAAAAUCAAAGGUGAGGUUGACAUAGAGGGAAAAGGAGGCAAGUUUAAAAUGCCUUCAUAUAGUAUAGCUCUUCCGAAAAUGAAGUCACCUGAAGGAGCGCUUGUUUUGGAGGGACCUAAAAUCAAAGGUGGAAAGGUCAAGAUGCCAACUGCUGAUAUCCCCAUUCCACAAGGAAAUCUAGAGGGAGAUUUGAACAUUGAUGGUGGUGAAGUAAAAGGAGAAGGAAAAUUCAGCAUGCCAUCUGUAGAUAUUUCUCCCCCAAAAAUAAAGCUACAUGAAGGAGAUGUCAACAUAGAAUGCCCUCAACCUCCAAAUGUUGACAUUUCACUCCCCAAGGGCAACCUGGACCUAGAGGGCAGUGGUGGUAGCAGAGCCAAGUUCACAAUGCCAGCUUUUGACCUCUCACUCCCAAAGAUGAAAACCAAGGAGGCAGAGGUUGACACUGAAGGACCUGAAAUCAAAGGAGGUACAAAAGUCAACGUGCCAUCACUGGACAUCUCUCUUCCUGCAGUAAAAUCAACAGAAGGAGAGAUCAAAAUCAAAGGUCCUGAAUCCAAAGGAAGAAAGUUCCAGAUGCCUUCUUUAGAUGUGUCACUACCAAAUAUCAAAUCACAGGGAUAUGACAUUGACAUUGAAGGUCCAGAGUUUAAUGUUAAGUCACCAAAGGCAGAUUUAGAUCUAAAAGAAAGUGAGAUUAAAGGAAGGAAAAUUAACAUGCCUACAAUUGAUAUCUCUAUUCCAAAAGGAAAAGCAGAGGGUAAAAUUGAUAUUGAAGGAGCCUCAGGAAAAGGAAGCAAGUUUAAGAUGCCUACAUUUGAUGUAUCCCUACCAAAGAUGAAGAUACCUGAGGGGAAUACUGAGGGACCCUCAGUUGAUCUCUCUAUUCCAAAAGGUAAAGCAGAGGGUGACAUUGAAACUAAAAGUAAAGGAGGACAUUUUCAUAUGCCCUCAAUUGAUGUUUCUCUUCCUAAAAUGAAAUCAAAGCGAGGUGACAUCAACAUUGAGGGACCAGAAAUCAAAGGUGGGGAAAUUAAAAUGCCAACUAUUGACAUCUCAUCCCCUCAAGGAACAUUAGAAGGUGAUAUCACUGUUGGUGAAGGCAAGGGAGGUGAAUUCAGCCUGCCAUCUGUAGACAUCUCCCCUCCUGCAGUAAAAUUCCCUGAAGGAGAUGUGAAUUUUCAAGGUCCGAAAAUAAAAGGUGGGAAGUUUGAAAUGCCAAAAAUCGACAUCUCACUACCUGAGGGUAAAGUACAGGGGGACAUUGAUAUUGACAUUCACUCAGGAAGAGAUGGGAAUAUUGAAACACCAUCCUUUGACUUUGGACUUCCCAAAGGAAAAGUCACAGGUGACAUAAAUGUUGAAGGUCCUGAAGUAAGAGGGGGGAGGAUAAAAAUGCCAAAAUUUGACAUUUCAUCACCAAAGGUAAAUUUUCCUGAGGGUGACAUCAAAUUAAAGGGGCCUGACAUAAAGGGCAGGAAGAUUGAGAUGCCAGAUAUUGAUAUCCCACUCCCCAAAGGAAAAACAGAAAGAGAAAUUGAAAUUGAAGGACAUGCUGGAAAAGGAGGCAAGUUCCACAUGCCUUCUAUUGAUAUCUCACUUCCUAAAAUUAAAGCUAAGGGACCAGAGAUCAACUUAGAGGGUCCUGAUCUUAAGGGAGGGAAAAUUAACAUGCCAGACAUUGACCUCUCACUUCCGAAAGGAAAGGCUGAUGCUGAUGCUAAUCUUAGUAUUGAGGGUCCUGAGAUUAAAGGAGGCAAAUUGAAAAUGCCCAAAUUUGAUGUCUCACUUCCAAAGAUGAACCUCCCAGAGGGCAGUGUCAAAGUGGAAGGACCUGAUGUUAAAGGAAAGAUGGAAAUGCCAACCAUUGAUAUUUCACUCCCCAAGGGAAAAGUAAAGGGAGAUGUCAACAUUGAGGGGCAUGGUGGUAAAGGAGGAAAGUUUCACAUGCCCUCAAUUGACAUCUCUCUUCCCAAAAUAAAAACAAAGGGAACUGAUGCUGAUAUCGAUGGACCUGAACUUAAAGGUGACAUGUCACUUCCAGAGGGAAAAUUUGAGGGUGACCUAAAUGUUGAAGGCCCUGAGGUAAAAGGAGGAAAAAUUAAAAUGCCCAAUUUUGAUGUUUCCUUGCCAAAACUAAAUCUCCCCGAGGGUGAUGUCAAACUGAAAACCCCAGACAUCAAGGGAGGGAAGAUUGAAAUGCCAGACAUUGACAUUUCAUUCCCUAAAGGAAAAGCAGGAGAAACUGAAAUUGAAGGACAUGCUGGCAAAGAAGGAAAGUUCCAUAUGCCCUCUAUUGAUAUCUCUCUUCCUAAAAUUAAAGCUAAGGCACCAGAGAUAAAUGUUGAAGGCCCCAAAGUUAAAGGCGGGAAGCUAAAUAUGCCAUCAUUUGAUGUCUCUCUGCCCAAAAUAAAAUCUCCUGAUGUAGAUGUCAGCCUUGAAGGUCCUAAUGUCGAAGGAGGGACGGUCACCAUUCCAACUGUGGACAUUUCACUUCCCAAAGGAAAAGUUGAAGGUGACAUUAAUGUUGAAGGCCCAGAAGUGAAAGGGGGGGAAUUCAAAAUGCCAACAUUUGAUGUUUCUCUCCCAAAAGUGAGUCUCCCAAAGGUUGAUACCAAUGUGGAGGGAGGAGACAUGAAAGGGAAAAUUGAAAUGCCAGCUGUUGAUGUUUCACUUCCAAAAGGAAAGCAAGAUAUGGAUAUUGACCUUGAUGGGCACAGUGGUAAAGGAGGCAAGUUUCACAUUCCCUCAGUUGAUUUCUCUCUUCCUAAAAUCAAAGCAAAGGGAGUUGAUGUUGAUAUUCAAGGACCUGAAAUCAAAGGUGACAUGUCACUCCCUAAAAUGAAGUCUCCAGAGGUAGAUAUCAGCCUUGAGGGUCCUGAUGUUAAAGGAGGAAAGUUUAACAUGCCAACUGUUGACAUUUCACUCCCCAAAGGAAAGACUGAGGUUGACCUUGAUGUUCAAGGUCCUGAGGUGAAGGGAGGCAAAUUUAAAAUGCCAAAAUUUGAUGUGUCUUUACCAAAGGUGAGUCUCCCAGAGGGUGAUGUCAAAAUAAAAGGCCCAGACAUCAAGGGAGGGAGGAUUGAGAUGCCAGACACUGAUAUCUCACUCCCUAAAGGAAAAACAGAAGGAGAACUCGAAAUUGAAGGACAUGCUGGAAAAGGAGGCAAGUUCCACAUGCCUUCUAUUGAUAUCUCACUUCCUAAAAUUAAAGCUAAGGGACCAGAGAUCAACUUAGAGGGUCCUGAUCUUAAGGGAGGGAAAAUUAACAUGCCAGACAUUGACCUCUCACUUCCGAAAGGAAAGGCUGAUGCUGAUGCUAAUCUUAGUAUUGAGGGUCCUGAGAUUAAAGGAGGCAAAUUGAAAAUGCCCAAAUUUGAUGUCUCACUUCCAAAGAUGAACCUCCCAGAGGGCAGUGUCAAAGUGGAAGGACCUGAUGUUAAAGGAAAGAUGGAAAUGCCAACCAUUGAUAUUUCACUCCCCAAGGGAAAAGUAAAGGGAGAUGUCAACAUUGAGGGGCAUGGUGGUAAAGGAGGAAAGUUUCACAUGCCCUCAAUUGACAUCUCUCUUCCCAAAAUAAAAACAAAGGGAACUGAUGCUGAUAUAGAUGGACCUGAACUUAAAGGUGACAUGUCACUUCCAGAGGGAAAAUUUGAGGGUGACCUAAAUGUUGAAGGCCCUGAGGUAAAAGGAGGAAAAAUUAAAAUGCCCAAAUUUGAUGUUUCCUUGCCAAAACUAAAUCUCCCCGAGGGUGAUGUCAAACUGGAAACCCCAGACAUCAAGGGAGGGAAGAUUGAAAUGCCAGACAUUGACAUUUCAUUCCCUAAAGGAAAAGCUGGAGAAACUGAAAUUGAAGGACAUGCUGGCAAAGGAGGAAAGUUCCAUAUGCCCUCUAUUAAUAUCUCUCUUCCUAAAAUUAAAGCUAAGGCACCAGAGAUAAAUGUUGAAGGCCCCAAAGUUAAAGGCGGGAAGCUAAAUAUGCCAUCAUUUGAUGUCUCUCUGCCCAAAAUAAAAUCUCCUGAUGUAGAUGUCAGCCUUGAAGGUCCUAAUGUCGAAGGAGGGACAGUCACCAUUCCAACUGUGGACAUUUCACUUCCCAAAGGAAAAGUUGAAGGUGACAUUAAUGUUGAAGGCCCAGAAGUGAAAGGGGGGAAAUUCAAAAUGCCAACAUUUGAUGUUUCUCUCCCAAAAGUGAGUCUCCCAAAGGUUGAUACUAAUGUGGAGGGAGGAAACAUGAAAGGGAAAAUUGAAAUGCCAGCUGUUGAUGUUUCACUUCCAAAAGGAAAGCAAGAUAUGGAUAUUGACCUUGAUGGGCACAGUGGUAAAGGAGGCAAGUUUCACAUUCCCUCAGUUGAUUUCUCUCUUCCUAAAAUCAAAGCAAAGGGAGUUGAUGUUGAUAUUCAAGGACCUGAAAUCAAAGGUGACAUGUCACUCCCUAAAAUGAAGUCUCCAGAGGUAGAUAUCAGCCUUGAGGGUCCUGAUGUUAAAGGAGGAAAGUUUAACAUGCCAACUGUUGACAUUUCACUCCCCAAAGGAAAGACUGAGGUUGACCUUGAUGUUCAGGGUCCUGAGGUGAAGGGAGGUAAAUUUAAAAUGCCAAAAUUUGAUGUGUCUUUACCAAAGGUGAGUCUCCCAGAGGGUGAUGUCAAAAUAAAAGGCCCAGACAUCAAGGGAGGGAGGAUUGAGAUGCCAGACAUUGAUAUUUCACUCCCUAAAGGAAAAACAGAGGGAGAGAUUGAAAUUGAAGGAAAUGCUGGAAAAGGGGGCAAGUUCCACAUGCCUUCUAUUGAUAUCUCACUUCCUAAAAUUAAAGCUAAGGGACCAGAUAUGAACAUAGAAGGAGCUGACCUUAAGGGAGGAAAAAUUAACAUGCCAGAUAUUGACCUCUCACUCCCUAAAGGAGAGGCUGACCUCAGUAUUGAGGGCCCUGAGGUAAAAGGGGGCCAAAUUAAAAUGCCCAAAUUUGACAUUUCACUUCCAAAGAUGAACCUGGCAGAGGGCAGUGUCAAAGUGGAGGGGCCUGAAAUGAAAGGAGGGAAAAUGCCAUCAAUGCCAGCUGUGGACAUAUCAGUUCCAGUGGGACAAGUGGAGGGAGAUAUCAAUAUUGAAGGACCAUCUGUAAAGGGAAAGUCUGAAGUGCCAAAAGUUGACUUACAUGGUAAAAAAGGUGGUGGGUUCCACAUGCCGACUAUUGACAUAAAUCUCCCCAAAUUUGAUUUGGACCUUAGCCUCCCCUCUGGUGUGAAAGACAAACACCUCAAAGUGGACACCAGUGGUCCUGAUGCAUCAGGAGAUUUGGAAAUGUCUGGCCUCAAAGGAGAUAUUAACCCAGUGAAGUUGAAAGUUAAGGGUGCAGACAUUGAGACAGGUGGUGUAGAGGGUCCAGGUGCAUCCCUCAAACUUCCCUCUGUCAAACUACCAACAGUUGAUAUUGCAGCUCCAAAGGUGGAUUUAGACUUUGGCCUCACAAAACCUAAAGGCGAUGAUGUGGAAGUGGAGCUUCUGAAAGCAGAGGGAGGCAGACCUUCUUCAGGGGGCAGCUUUGAUCUACCUGAUAUUUCCCUCAAAGUCCCUAGUUUUUCUUUUCCUAGGUUUGGAGGAAAGUCCAGGAGUGGUGAUUUUGAAAUAUCAGGACAAGGCCCCAAGGGAGAUGUUUCCCUCAGCCCACCACAAGUGGAAGGCGAGAUUAGGGCACCGUCAGUAGAGUUUGACAGGGAUGGAAAAGUCAAAGUGAAAAAACCUAGACUCAAAAUGCCUGCAUUUGGAAUAUCAAAAAAAGAUGCAGAUGUAUCUGUGUCUUGUCCCGAUGUGGAUGUUAAAGUGAAAAAAGGGAUAACUGACAUUCCAAAACCAGAAAUCAAUGUUCAGAGCCCAGAUGAUAAGUCAAAAUACAAAGUGAAAUUCCCCAAAUUUAAAAUAUUGUCACCAAAAGGUCAACUGCCAGAAGGAGAGGUAGAUGCUAAACUGGAAGCAGAUGUGGAAGGGAAAGGUGGCUUCCAUGCACCUGAUGUCACUAUCAAACUACCCAAGUUCUCCAUGCCAGGAUUUGGCCCCAAAGACAAAGAUUUAGGUAAGCCACGGGGUGACCUUGAAGCUAAGGCCAAGGUCAAGAUGCCCUCUGUUGAGCUGUCACUACCAGUAGCUAAAACACCGGACACUGAGGUUCUUCUCCCUAAAGCAGAAGUUGAUGUCUCAGAGGCUGAUAUCAAAAGUUAUGAGGGAAACCUUAAAAUUCCCAAAAUGCCAACAAUUGAUGUUUCCAUUCCCAAAAUAGACCUGGAUGUCUCCCUGCCAAAAGGAAAGUCCCCAAAGAUUGAGGGGCCAGAAGUGGAACUAAAAGGAAGUGAUGGAAAAUUCAAAAUGCCUCAUAUAACAAUGCCAUCAGUAGAUGUGUCUCUUCCCAAAGGGAAAUCUGGAGAUCUUGAUGCACCACACAUUGAAAUAGAUGUUGAUAGAGAUGGCAAAUUUAAGAUGCCUAAUGUCAAUAUGCCCAGUAUUGACAUCAGCUUUCCUAAAGGAAAAACCGGAAAAAUUGAUACUCCAGAUCUUGAUGCUGAAGGAGAAGGGGGCAAAUUCAGAAUGCCUGGUAUCAAAAUGCCAAACUUUGACAUAUCUCUGCCCAAAGGAAAGACUGGUAAAUUAGAAGGACCAGAUGUUGAAAUUGAUGAAGGAGGAAAGUUAAAGAUGCCACAUGUCAAAAUGCCACAUGUUGACAUUAACCUGCCAAAAAUGAAAACUACAGAUGUUGGUAUACCAGAUGUGGGCGCAAAGAUUGAAGGCCCAGAAGUUGAAAUUGAGGGAGGUACAGAAGCAAAGUUCAAAAUGCCUCACAUGAAAAUGCCCAACAUCACCAUCUCUCUUCCUAAAGGAAAAGUCAAAGGCACUGAGACACCUGGAAUGCAAAUAGAGGGACAAGGAGGAGGAAAAUUCAAAAUGCCACACCUCAGCAUGCCCUCUGUUGAUAUUUCACUACCUAAAGGAAAGACUGAAGGUCCUGACAUUGAAAUAGAGGGAGGUACAGGAGAAAAGUUCAAAAUGCCAGAUAUUGAUAUCUCUCUGCCCAAAGGAAAGAUUGAAGGUCCAGAAGUAGAGCUCAAAGGGGAAGGUGGAAAAUUCAAGAUGCCACAUCUCAGUAUGCCUUCAGUUGAUAUUUCACCUCCAAAAGGAAAACUUGAAGGUCCAGAUGUUGAAAUAGAGGGAGAUGGGGGAAGGAAGUUCAAAACACCUCACCUGAAAAUGCCUUCAGUUGACAUUUCACUGCCCAAAGGAAAAGCUGACGGUCCAAACGCUGAAAUAGAAGGAGGUACAGGAGUAAAGUUCAAAAUGCCUCACAUGAAAAUGCCAGAUGUUGGUAUCUCUCUGCCCAAAGGAAAGAUUGAAGGUCCAGAAGUUGAAAUUGAGGGACGUACUGGAGGAAAGUUCAAAAUGCCUCACAUGAAAAUGCCAGAUGUUGAUAUCUCACUGCCCAAAGGAAAGAUUGAAGGUCCAGAAGUUGAAAUUGAGGGAGGUACUGGAGGAAAGUUCAAAAUGCCUCACAUGAAAAUGCCAGAUGUUGAUAUCUCAAUGCCCAAAGGAAAGAUUGAAGGUCCAGAAGUUGAAAUUGAGGGAGGCACUGGAGGAAAGUUCAAAAUGCCUCACAUGAAAAUGCCAGGUAUUGAUAUCUCUCUGCCCAAAGGAAAGAUUGAAGGUCCAGAAGUUGAAAUUGAGGGAGGUACCGGAGGAAAGUUAAAAAUGCCUCACAUGAAAAUGCCAGAUGUUGAUAUCUCAAUGCCCAAAGGAAAGACUGAAGGUCCAGAAGUUGAAAUUGAGGGAGGUACUGGAGGAAAGUUCAAAAUGCCUCACAUGAAAAUGCCAGGUAUUGAUAUCUCUCUGCCCAAAGGAAAGACUGAAGGUCCAGAAGUUGAAAUUGAGGGUGGUACUGGAGGAAAAUUCAAAAUGCCUCACAUGAAAAUGCCUAACAUUUCUCUUCCAAAAGGAAAACUCAAAGGCACUGAGACAUCUGAAAUGGAAAUAGAAGGACAAGGAAGAGGAAAAUUCAAAAUGCCUCACAUGAAAAUGCCAGAUGUUGAUAUCUCUCUGCCUAAAGGAAAGACUGAAGGUCCAGAGGUGGAACUCAAAGGGGAGGGUGGAAAAUUCAAGAUGCCACACCUCAGUAUGCCCUCAGUUGACAUUUCACUGCCCAAAGGAAAAACUGAAAGUCCAGAAGUUGAAAUGGAGGGAGGAACUGGAGGAAAGUUCAAAAUGCCACACAUGAAAAUGCCAGAUGUUGAUAUCUCUCUGCCCAAAGGACAGAUUGAAGGUCCAGAGGUGGAGCUCAAAGCAGAAGGUGGAAAAUUCCAGAUGCCACACCUCAGUAUGGCUUCAGUUGAUAUUUCACUUCCAAAAGGUAAGACUGAAGGUCCAGAUGUUGAAAUAGAGGGAGGUACAGGAGGGAAAUUCAAAAUGCCUCAUAUGAAAAUGCCAGAUGUUGACUUCUCCCUGCCUAAAGGAAAAGCAGAGGGUCCAGAGAUGGAGUUGAAAGUAGAUGGUGGGAAAUUUAAAAUGCCUCACAUCAGUAUGCCUUCAGCUGAUAUUUCACUGCCUAAGGGAAAAGUCGAAGGUCCAGAAGUUGAGAUCAAGGGAGCUGCAGGAGGAAAAUUCAAAAUGCCUCAUCUCAGCAUGCCGUCUGUUGAUAUUUCACUGCCUAAAGGAAAAAUCAAAGGUCCAGAAGUUGUGAUUGAGGGAGAAGCAGGAAGCAAAUCCAAAAUGCCUCACAUGACAAUGCCAGAUGUUGACAUCUCACUGCCCAAAGGAAAGACUGAAGGUCCAGAAGUGGAGCUCAAAGGGGAAGGUGGAAAAUUCAAGAUGCCACAUCUCAGUAUGCCUUCAGUUGACAUUUCACUGCCAAAAGGAAAAUUUGAAGGUCCAGAGGUUGAGAUGGAGGCAGGUACAGGAGGGAAAUUCAAAGUACCUCAUGUGAAAAUGCCAGAUGUUGAUAUGUCUCUAUCCAAAGGAAAAAAAUGCAAAAUUGAAGAAGCAGAGCUGGAGAUUGAGGGAGAGGGAGGCAAAUCUAAAAUGCCACAUAUGACAGUGCCCUCAAUAGACAUUUCACUGCCAAAAGGGAAGCCUGAAGGUCCCAAACUUGAAAUUAAGGGUGAAGGGGGAAAGUUCAAGAUGCCAAAAGUUGACAUAUCUCUUCCUAAAGGAAAACCUUCAUUUGAAGGUCCAGAGAUGGAGAUUAAAGGAGAUGGAGGACAGUUCAAGAUGCCUAAUGUAGAAAUAUCUAUCCCAAAAGAAAAAGCAAAUAUUGAAACACCAGAGGACAAAGUGGAGGGAGAGGGAGGAACCAUCAAGCUGCCACAUAUCAAGAUGCCAAAAGUUGAUAUUUCACUUCCUAAAGGUAAAAGUAAAGCAACUGAAGCAUUUGAUGUAGAGAUGGAAGUCACAGGCGGAAAGUUCAAAGGUCCAGGUGUUAAACCUCCAAAGGGGGAUAUAUCAGUGCCAAAGGGUACAUUGGGUGAAGCAGAGAUCAAUUUACCAACAACUGAGGCAGGAGGGAAAAUUAAAGUGCCAAAAGUCACAUCACCAGAUCUGGACAUUAGUAUGACAUCUAGUAAACCUAAACAAGACACAGAGGCUUAUGCGGAAGCUGAGUCGCAUGUUGAGGGAGAGCACAAAGGUCUGAAACUUAAGAUGCCAACAAUAGAUAUCACAAGUCCAAAAGGAGAUUUGGAGCUUGAUAUAGGACUUCAUAGAGGAGAGGGCAAAAAGGACAGGAAAAAAGUUGAACUGCCCGACUUGGAUCUUGACACAGCAGGAGCAAGCGGCAAAGCAAAGGGGCCUAAAGUCAAAGGAGGAAAAUUCAAGAUUGGAAUGCCAAAAAAGAAAACUGGCAGAGAUGUAACAGCAGAAGUGAAAAUGUGCAAAAACUGCAACGAGGAGUUAGGUGGUCAAGUGAAACAUGAGUGCGUGCUUAAAGAAAGAUUUGAGUAUGAAGUCGAAGUUGAAACUCACAAUGGGCAUAAAGAAGAUAAAGAUCGUAUUAACAUCCCAGUGCCAAAGGUUACAUUACCAGGUGUUGGUCUGGACACCAAACAAGGCUCAGCCAAUGUGGACACAAGGGAAGAUGUUGGCCUCUCAUCAUCCAGGGCAGAAAUCAAAGUCCCCAGGAUCCCAGACAUAGAAUUUGAUAUUGGUACAUCACAAGAUGAAGAUGAUGACAAAACAGAAAAAGGCAAGAAAAUCAAAAUCCCCAAGUUUGGUGUUCCAUUACCCUCAAUUUCCUCUCCUGAAGGAAGAAUCUAUGGGCAAGAAAUUCAGUAUGAGGGCCCUAAAAUGCCCAAAGUAAAGAAAGCUGUUUUUGUCUUGGUAAAUCCUCCCCAAACAGAUGAACCUCCUCCAUGCACAGGGCUCCUAGAGGAGGAGACAACAGCUGAGUCUGAGACAGGGGACAUCAAAGUGAAAUUGCCCAAAAUCAAAAUGAAGCCAAACUUUGGAAAGUCCAAGGAUAAAUCAGCUGCUGUGAGCACAGAGAGAGAGGGGGAGGAAAAGGAGAGGUCAAAGGGAGGAAAGAUGAAAAUGCCCAAGGUGUCAUUUUCUCCUGACAAAUCAGGGUUUGAUGUCACUCUCAAAGGAGAAGGUUCAAGCUCAAGUCUCAACGGUGAAAAAGAUGCAAGUCCUCACAGGGGCUCCAAAGAUGAUAAAGGGACAUUCAGUGGUAAAAUCAAACUUCCAAAGGUGGAGUUUACAAGUCCAUAUGGCAAGGUGGCUGCUGGGGAGGAGGACACAGAAAUGAAUGUCAAAUUGGGAAAGGAUUCAUCAACAGCAGCGAGGGAAGAUGAUAGAGGGCUUGCAGUAAAAUCAGGCAAGAUGGCCUUCGCAGGUUUCAGUGAGGAGUCUUCAAAGGCUGUGGUGUCAUCUCAUGCCAGAACAGAUAUGCUGGACAGGGACAGCUCAGAGUCACCUGCUGGUUUUGCCAUGGAGUUAAGCUCAACAAAGGUUCAGGCUUGGAGCGAGGUGGAGAGCAAAUGCAGAGAGUCUGAAGAAAGAGAGUCUUCCCCCUGGUUCAAGGUUCCUAAGUUCACCCUGAAACCACACUCAACAGGCUUCCUCCAGAUAACCCCAGAGGGUUCUCCUCAGGCCCAGCGGAAGGGGGAGCUGGGAGGUGAGGCUGACGUCUUGGGAUCUUUCUGCCUCCACAGCUCAGGGCUCGACCUCACCACCCAGGAAAUGUCAGAAGAGCACCAAGUCUCCUCCAGCGAGGAGGGAACUGUCACCAUGGUGACCAAGACCACCAAGAUCACCCAGCGCAUAGUUUCAACGGAAACACGAACAGGUGAAACUUCAGUAUCCACAACAACAACCCAGCAGGUGUCAGACUUCAACUACUGAGGAUGCUGUAAUGAUAUCUUAGAUGUCUUUUAAUUUUUUCGUUUUUCUUUGGUGAGGUUGCAGUGUUCUUGUAAGCUAAGCCUACAACAUGGCAAACCUCUCUUAAGGAAAAGUCUUUAUUUUAUAUUUGAGUAUGAAUGUGAUGAAAAGUAAUGGCAUUUCAUCAACCAGCAAUAUUGUCAUUAUAAUAGCAAGAGUAAUAUAUACUUCCUUUUUUUUUCAUUUUAAAUGUGACUAUUUUUUGUUACUGUUCUUUGGGUUUUGUUAGUUUAGUCCUAAUUAUUUAUCAGAUUUUGUUUGGUUUUAAAGGUUUCCAAUCUGAAUGUAAGAUGUCAGAUUGCUCCAUUAUUUAUUGUUAUUUGUGUAUUCAAAAUGUGCUGGAAUAAGUCAUUUAUUCACAUCAGCAUCAUGGAUUUGACCAUGAUUUUAUGAUUAGCUCAAAAUGAUUCAUUUUGAACCACUACAGUACAGGCCAGAGUAAUAUUUAUGUAAAUACAACUAUAUAAUUGCUUUUUUGAAGCAGUAGCCCUUCAAUCCAAAAUGUAAUUAUUUUCAUAUUCACCAGAGUCAGCAGUUGAAAUUAUAUUUUUUGACCUGAUAACCUAUUUUGUUUGUCUUGAAAGAAAAGUGUGAGCUUUUUGAGAUUAUAGCCUAUCCUCAUUUUCUGCCAUAGUUUUAUAUUUUAAGCAUUUAGCUAGUGCUGUUACCCAGAGAUAGUCACAGUGAGUGAACAGGACACUCUGGACUUUAUCUGCUGUGGGGAUCAAACCUGUGACCAUGCGAUUACAGGUUGCUCUCAAACAUUUAGGCCAACCUGCUGCUAAUCUAUUUUAUAUUUCUGUUUUUUACUGUACACUGCCAGAAAAAAGACACCACUGUAUAUUUUGUGAUUGAAUGAUGUUUUGAAACUCAGCUAUUAACCAUGUUGAGGUUCAAAAUAGCAAACUUGGAAGAAGUUUUGUGAUUUAUGCAUGCUGUUGGGCGCUUUAAAAAAUAAGUGAGAGGCAUUUAAAAGGUAAAACUAUAAACCCUUUUUCUUGAAUCAUGUUUCUGUAAGGCUUCUACAGUGACAGACUGUCUAUGGAUUGGUAAGCCUUGAUCUUGAACAAAUGGCAUCUCACAAAAUAUGUCCUCUAGAAGAGAGGGGAUCAAGAGCAAGAGGACCAAGGCACGUUUUCCCUUCUUUCCUUAAAAUGUGUUUAAUGACAGUCUUCUGUUUCUUAUAUUAAUACUUGUGAAGAUGCUACAGAAUAACUUACAAAUAUUGCAAAUAUUGCAAUUAUUAAUGUCAGAUUAAUAAAAGCAUCUUGAUUAAGUGUCUUCACCCCUUAUUUUUCAAAACUUUGUCAUUCACUUUUAAAAUAUAAAUUGCUUUGAAAUGCAGGGAGAAAUGCCUUCUGCUGUCCUUUAGAUAUUAUUUUAUAAGUUUUCAUUCCCAAAUGCAGUGCCCACCGUUAGAAAAGAAAAAAAAAAAACAACCUCUCUAAUAUUGCCAGCAUUAAAUCAAAACUUAAUUUUGAUUCUAUACACUACUCAUAUCCAUUUACAAGCAAAAUAACACUAACAGAAUGCAAAAAUCAAUGAGGUAAUGAGCUUGAUGGGAAGCAUUUGAGAAUGAGCACUUAUCACUUUACUUGGUUUACUUGGCUGGUGGAUGGAAUGAAAUUGUGUGAUAAAAUGCAUGAAGAAAUCCCAACAAAUCCACUCCCACAUUUUUUUAUCUUAACAACUUUUAACAUUAUGCCUGUUUCGCAGGUGAGAAAUAGAUUUUUAAAAGCUGGGACAAGAGUGGUGACAUGUCAAGGUAACACGCACUGAGUAGUAUCUAUGUGUAUAGAGAUUUUUACUUUUCUGGUUUUAUGAAGUCUUCAAUUUUCUUAUAGAAUAUAAGGGUUUCAGUGCCAAGUGUUUUUGUCAAAGCUGCAUUGGAAAGAAUGUUGUUUAAGAUGUUACAUCAAUAAAAUAAUAUUCACACAAA